AUGGGGCACGUGCAACCUGGGCACGACGGGACGGCGAUGAACCACGCGGGAGGCCAACACGAAUAUGCUUGCAUCGCUGGCGGUGAGAACCACGACGGUUGCGACGAGCGAGGCAACGCUGUGAACCCCAUCGUCGACGAAGCCGACAACUACGGGUGGAUGGACUACCGUUCCAUCAGCGGGUGGAAGUUCCCGGCUUGGCCGCUGCUCCAGCCCUCUACAAGGGCCAAGAUGACCAUCGGGACGCUGCACGCGAAGGUGGUGGAAGCGAGAGGCCUCAUUUCGAGAGACUUUGCGGGGAGAAGCGACCCCUUUGCGGAGCUCGAGCUCACCGGCAGAUACUUGUCGCAUGGGCAAGAGUGGUCGGAACCCCUGCGGGUACGGGAGAAGACGAGGGUUAUCAAGUUCUCCCUCAACCCGGUCUGGAACGAGGAAUUCUCGCUUCCUGUCCGACGGGCUGGCGCUGUGCUGAGAAUAAGGCUGUGGGACUGGAACGCGUCUAUUCCUGACGAUCCCCUUGGCCACAUCGAGGUCAAAAUGGGAGGCGACCUUCUUGCCCAGAAAGAUGGCGUUCCUCUACACGAGCCAAGCAUCGAGGAGCGUCGGGAGUCUUACGGAGAGGUGCGCCUGCAGCUGCGCUUCGAGUUCAACGAGCUGGCGGAGACGUGCAGCUAUAUUUGGCCGGAAGAGCCCCCGAAAAGGCCCCUCAAGGCAAGGUUUCGAAGUUGA